ACGUGCGUGCGGGGCCGGUGUCCCCUCGCUGACCCCGGUGACGCCGGGGUGGUGGCGGAAUGGCCGGGGAGGGUCGCGGUGCGGGAAGUGGGAGAGGAGGAAUCGCCCUCCCGGUGUGCGAGCGUUGUGCAAGGACCUGCCGCGUCAGGAUGAAGCAGGACGGAUCCAAAUCCCCCAUCUCCACCAGCUUCUUCCCGGCCGUUCCCGAGCCGUUUUCAGGCAGGUGGUAGGAUGCCGAUGGAUCCUGGAUCUGUGUAGCACAACUGCAAGGCGGUAAAGCAGAACUCAAGAGCAUGGUCAAUGUUGGAUGUGUGCCAAAGAAGGUGAUGUGGAACACGGCGGUCCACGCGGAGUUCGUCCACGAUCACGCCGACUAUGGCUUUGAAACAGCGGGUGUCAAGUUCAACUGGAGGACCAUCAAGGAGAAGCGAGACGCGUACGUGCAGCGCCUCAAUGACAUCUACGAGAACAACGUGAAGAAGGCUCGCAUUGACAUCAUCCGGGGCUACGGCAAGUUCACCGCUGAUCCCGAGCCAACCAUCGAGGUGAAUGGGAAAAAGUACACGGCUCCUCACAUCCUUAUAGCCACGGGAGGGCGCCCGGCUCUCCCUUCCGACCGCGAAAUUCCUGGCGCCAGUUUGGGGAUGACCAGCGACGGCUUCUUCGACCUGGAGGAGCUGCCCAGGCGCAGCGUCGUUGUCGGUGCCGGCUACAUCGCGGUGGAGAUGGUGGGGAUCCUCUCCACGCUGGGCUCCAAGUCGUCGCUGCUCAUCCGCCACGACACGGUGCUGCGAACCUUUGACUCCCUGAUCAGCUCCAACUGCACCCAGGAGCUGGAGAACACCGGGGUGGAUGUCUGGAAGCACACACAGGUCAAGAGGGUCUCCAGGUCUCCGUGUGGGCUGCUGGACGUGACGGUGGCCUCGGUGGUGCCCGGCCACAAGCCGAAGGAGGAGGUGAUCCGGGACGUGGACUGCCUGCUGUGGGCCGUGGGGCGGGAGCCCAACUCCGACGGGCUGGGCCUGGACCGAGUGGGCGUGCAGGUGGACCCCAAGGGCCACGUGGUGGUGGAUGAGUACCAGAACACCACCAGGAGAGGGAUCUACGCCGUCGGGGACGUCUGUGGGAGAGCCCUCCUCACGCCAGUGGCCAUCGCAGCUGGCAGGAAGCUGGCCCACAGGCUCUUCGAGGGCAAGCAGGAUUCCCGGCUGGACUACGAGAACAUCCCCACGGUGGUUUUCAGCCACCCGCCCAUCGGCACCGUGGGGCUCACCGAAGAGGAGGCCGUGGCCACGCAUGGGAAGGACAACGUGAAGAUCUACAACACAUCCUUCACUCCCCUGUACCACGCUGUCACCCAGAGGAAGGUGAAGUGUGUCAUGAAGCUGGUGUGCGCUGGCAAGGAGGAGAAGGUGGUGGGAUUGCACAUGCAAGGCCUGGGCUGUGACGAAAUGCUGCAGGGCUUUGCCGUGGCCAUCAAAAUGGGGGCCACCAAGGCCGACCUGGACAACACCGUUGCCAUUCACCCCACUUCUGCCGAGGAGCUGGUGACGCUGCGCUGAGCCUGAGGCCACCGACAUCCCCCCCCGGGGAGGGUGGCAAAAAUGUUCCCUGUGUUUGCAAAAGUGCCUUACUGCUGGGCGGGUGCCUGGAGGGGGUUGUGUGUGUGUGUAAGGUGGGUGUGGUUUGCUGUGCAGUGGGAAGUAAACUUGCUGAUGCUG